AUGCGCAUCUUUUAAUAUGUCUUGUAGUCCGUUUCCGGUGCGGUGGUGUUGUUGUUGUUGUUGAGGCGCUAUGGUUUGUCAGCGCGGCCUCAAUCUUUUCCCGUGAGUUUUUGUCGUGUUCUGCGGGUUUCAUGUUCCGCGCCACCGAGAUCAAGAGCUUCGGUAAAGCGGGAACCGGCUGGCACUUUCGGCGGACGAUGGACGAGCUGGUCCAUGACCUGGUGUCGGCUCUGGAGGAGAGUUCAGAACAAGCCCGUGGAGGGUUUGGAGAUGGUGGAGAUCACGCUCUGGCCGUCAGUUGCCUGUUGAAACGCCAGGCCCGCAAGCGCCGUGGCCGUAAGCGUCGGUCCGAUAACCCUCACCCACCGUGGGACACCUGCCACCUGAGCGAAGGCUCUGAGUCCAGCCUAGAGGAGCAGAAAGACUACCGCUCAUCCACAGCAGCAGGGGGCGCUCACACCCGUGACAACAACAGCGACUCGGAUGAGCAGCUGGGUGCCAAGCGGCGUACACCCCUCACUGACCCCGGCAGGGGGAAGAGGCCGCUGUGGCUGGAUGACUUGAGUGGAGCGGAUGCUUUGGGAACGCGCAGUUUGCGGAGGCGUCGGAAAGUCAAGCGCAUGGCUGUGGACCCACCACUAGAUGUCUCCACCAUGCUGCUGCCGCCGUCCAGAGCAACCAACAGCAGGGAGGCGGGGUUCAGUCCAGAGGCCAAAGGGAGCGAAUCAAACAAAAACAGGGUGAAGAAGAGGAAGUACACAACGCAGAGACUCGCACAGGACGUGGCGGACGAAGGCGUGGUGGUAGAGAGCGAAGAGGCGGGACAAACAGCCAAAGAUAAGAUGGACUAUGAUGAGCAGAAAGGCUCAGAUGAGGAGAUGAGUGACAGUGAGACGAGCAGCGUGAGUAACAGCAGUGAUGGGGGCCUGUACACAAACGACGAGGGAAGGCAAGGCGAUGAUGAGCAGAGUGAUUGGUUCUAUGAGGGCGAGCCGGGCGGGGCUUGUGGAGUCGCUGGUGUGGUGCCGUGGUGGGAGAGAGACUCUAACGAACUGGACCUCAAUGACCCCAUGUUCAACAGCAUCCUGAGCGGAGCGUUCCCGUUAAUGUCACAGGGAGCUCCAAGAGGGUUUCAAGCGCGGCAGGCCUGUCUUCAGAAGUCACAGGGAACCUCUCAAGGAAUUCCCGAUCGAUUACCGAGAUUAUCCCAGGAUCCUCAUGACUCGUGGUUCAGCUCCGGGGCCAGAAGAGACCAAUUGCUUUGGGAUUCUCGUAGCGACAGAAGCCACAGGAAAAGCUGCUCUUUAAAGACUCCUAGCAGACAAAAUAGUGGUCAUCUUGGCUCUUUGUGUACUGGAGAUAUAAAGAGACGACGGAAAGCUGCGCCUGUGGGAGGCCCGUCAUCCUCAGGUGUGGUGGGUGAGAGCACUGCUCCUCUGCCCGAGUCAAACGUAGGGAGCCGUAUGCUGCAGAGUAUGGGCUGGACCCCGGGGUCAGGCCUGGCCCCUGACGGCAGAGGCAUCACGGAGCCCAUUCGUGCGUCUCAGAGGCCGAAGGGAGCCGGACUGGGCUUCAACUGAGCCUGAGCCGAGAACAAAGAGAGCAACUCAUGCAGAGACAGCAGCUAGGGCCCACGGGCCGCCUUUCUCUCGGUUAACCUCACUGUUAACAGCAGCCAGCCAGCAGAGGGCAGCACUGAGGUGAAACCAUGACUGACAGAGUGAAGCCAAAUAAGACACCAGCACUGGCCCCUGACAAAGACUGACUCUAGAGCCGCCUCACUGCCGACACACACACACACACACCGACUCAAUUCAACACCAACGUCAAAGCAAACAAAUCACCUUCAGAAAAAAACAUUAUUCACCAAAAAAGUAUCAUUACAGUCGAGAAUUUGCCAUUUUUAAUGAAAAUGUUUCUACAGUAUCGGAUGAAUUUAAUGAGGAAAUAUUUAACUGGACAAAUCAUAAAGAAAAUAAAUAACACAUUACAUUUUGCAUAACAAAAAAUGAAGCCUGUUUAUAGGACUUUUUAAUUUCACCUACUUUCAUGCUAAUUAAGCACAUUUCUCCCAACAUUCGUUACUGUAAUGCAAAAAAAAAGAUUUUGUUAAAAUGAGUUAAUUAUAUUCAGUAUAAUAGUGGCUGUCUUUAUUUUUUCACAUUGCAAAAAUGAUAUGCACUUAAUUGUCAUCAAACUAAUAAUGUUACUAAAAACAGGCUUCAUGCAAAAUGGGAUUUAUUAUUAUAUUAUUUUGAUGUUGGUCAGUAAUUCAACAUCCUGAAGAAGUAUUUUAAUGAGCCUUUGUGUCCUUAUCAGUGAUGUUCAUUACAAGCCAACAGCCAAACCUCAGCAGGUUUUUCCAAAACAAUUUUUUAAAACUUUCACCUCAUAAAAACCAAUGUGUUUUAGCAGAAUCGAUCAGUCCAGAUUAUCGUCUGUCUCUUGUAUUAAUUUGAUAUUUGUACAUCUGAUGUCGCUGAUUACAUCAUUUGUUUCCUUUUUUGGAAUUUAAUUGUUUUUCACGUCAUAUUGUUUUUGAAUCCUGUUUUUUGACGUUUAUGCAAAUAUCAUGCACUAAUAAUGAAUGUCAAUACCUCAGCCAAUCACAUGCUCAUGAAAGAUGCAUGUAUGAAAUGCUGAAACGAUGCAGACUGCAGCAAGCGACCGCUUCUUUUUUACGGGACUCAACUCACCCAUGUUUUAUUAAUGUUAAUUAAUGUUUAAUAAUGAGUCCACUUUGUUUAUUUCCGGCGCGUAUGAUUCGACAUUCAGUGAAAUGCGUGUAUUUCUCAGCAGAGUUUGAGUAAUGAAUAGGAUUAAUUGACUGAAUUGGCUUAGUUGAGAUGGAAUUAACCGUUGGAAGAGGUGACACGCUCACUAAUGACGACUGUCGUUUCUGGUUGUCACGAGGUAAAGAUUACACCAUUGUUGGGUAAACACUUCAAUUCCUCUUACGAACAAUCCCAGAUGAUUGCAGAUGCUAUUAUCUUGUCAGAGCGUUUAGGAAUCCGCUCGCUAAUACAGAAAGAGUCUUUGAGCCGAAUGUGACAUCACUUCCUGUCUGGUGUUUGAGCAUUCCCUAUAUAAGUGUUUUUUAAAUUAUGGUUUUGGGGACACUUUGUAUUUUUAAUCAUGUCUACACUCCAAAUGAACAGUUUUCGAGUGGUUGUCGACAUGAACGAGGAGCAUGUCGGGUUUGUCUCUUCCUGUGAUCUGUACAUCAUGCCAAACUCACAAACAUGCCACAUUUGUUUA